AUGAUCUUUCGAAAGAAAUUAUCACUCUGCGCCCUCCUCGCAAUCAAUCUGCUCGCUGCCCCUGGUGUUCUAGCCGACGAUGGAGGCAAUGACGAUGCAAACAAUAAUAAUAAUAAUAACAACAAUGGAGACGAUGCAGCUAACGGCGACGACGCUUACCAAAAAUACUUUGCCAACAACGGACAGAAAAACUGGGAUGGCUUUGGUGCAGGAAACGACAAUAUCCAAUACUGGACGGAUUAUGCCAUUUACCCGGAUCGAUGUAUCGUCAGCAACAAUGUCGAUGUCGUUGUCUUUACGUUCCAUGAGCAAAGGUACAAGCAAUGUUCGGACAAGCCAAUGGGAACGUAUAUCACACCGGUGUCCAACUUUUUGGAAGGCUACCUUCAAUAUUAUCAACAAAUUCAACAGGACAAGGGAAAUGACGACUACGCACUCCCAGAUGUAGCUCAAUACGCAUAUUGUACCCAAAAAUAUGUCAAUGGUGAAGAAUAUUGGUUGCAAAUUGGGUGUUCCGACACUGAUCGCCACAGCAUUGCAGUCAAUAUUUACACGGACAAUACUUGUACCAAAAGAAGCACUGUUGACGGAUUGGACGAUGCUAAUAUUGAUGUUUCCGAGAUUCAGAUUCCAUUCAAAAAGUGUCAAGCUUGCGUCAUGUGGGUUGACAAGUCGGAUGAUCAAAUUGACGACAUGUUCUUUGAGAAUCGUCAAACAAAUGCUCCUCUUUGCUCCACUUCUUGGAAUUACAAGAAGACUUGUAAUCGACGAUGCCGAAAUAUUGGUCAAGACCGAGACGGAUGGAGCACUCCGGACAAAAUCCUGCUCACUAUUUUGGGAUUGUUUGGCGCCGGCAUGCUUUUUACUAUCGUAAGGAGAAGGGAAAAGAUGUCCAACAAGGAUGCUCUCCUUGAACAGGCAGCCAUGAACGCAGCAGGACUGCAACAAUCACAUGUCAUUGGACUAUUCAUUCUAUACAUUCUGGUGGUCAUUAUCUUUGCUCUGCAAGUCAUGAAGAACAUUACAUGGGCCAUGCUUCUAAUCAUGAACACUGCCUUGUUUGGAUACCUAAUGAAGCUAACAAUAGACAGCGGGGUGGGACAAGGAGAAACCGUCAUUGGUCCCGAUGGCACGAUUAUUCGGCACGCGGAUUCGGAUGACUCCAGUACCGACAGCCAGCCUCCAACACCCAAUGCCAAUGCGGGAACCUUUGAACCUGCUCAAUUACCCGAGAUUGCAUAA